UUUCCUUCCCACUCGUUCUCCUCUUUCUUCGUUUUCCCUCUCUCUCUCUCUCUCUCCACUGCUUGAAUUCCACACAGACCACCAAAGCAGAAAAUGGCUUCGACGACAGGACAACCGGCGUCUCUGAAGCGAAGGGAUUCGUUGGCGGCGAGAGAGGAGGACAAGCUCGUUAUUACUCCUUUAGGGGCUGGCAAUGAAGUUGGCCGCUCUUGUGUCUACAUGUCCUUCAAGUCCAAAACUGUUUUGUUUGAUUGCGGAAUUCAUCCAGCUUACUCGGGCAUGGCUGCUUUGCCCUACUUUGAUGAGAUUGAUCCUUCUACUGUCGACGUCCUUCUCAUUACUCACUUCCAUUUGGAUCAUGCUGCAUCUCUUCCUUAUUUUCUGGAAAAGACCACAUUCAAAGGUCGUGUCUUCAUGACUUACGCAACAAAGGCUAUCUACAAGUUGCUUUUAACAGAUUAUGUAAAAGUGAGCAAAGUUUCAGUUGAAGAUAUGUUGUAUGACGAACAGGACAUAAAUCGGUCCAUGGACAAAAUUGAGGUUAUUGAUUUCCACCAAACAGUGGAAGUGAAUGGAAUCCGAUUUUGGUGUUACACAGCUGGUCAUGUCCUUGGUGCUGCUAUGUUUAUGGUCGACAUUGCUGGUGUUCGAGUCCUCUAUACCGGAGAUUAUUCACGUGACGAAGACCGACAUCUCCGUGCUGCAGAGACCCCACAGUUUUCCCCUGAUGUAUGCAUAAUUGAAUCCACUUAUGGUGUCCAGCAUCAUCAACCUCGAAAUAUCCGAGAGAAGCGGUUUACUGAUGUCAUACACUCAACCAUUUCUCAGGGAGGUCGUGUCCUAAUUCCUGUAUUUGCUCUUGGUCGUGCCCAAGAACUCCUCCUCAUCCUUGAUGAGUACUGGUCAAACCAUCCUGAGCUCCAGAACAUUCCAAUAUAUUAUGCUUCCCCGCUUGCAAAACGAUGCUUGUCUGUUUACGAGACAUACACGCUAUCAAUGAAUGACAGGAUCAGAAAUGCAAAAUCGAAUCCCUUCAUCUUCAAGCACAUAUCUCCACUUAAGAGCAUUGAGAAUUUUAAAGACGUGGGCCCGUCAGUAGUCAUGGCCAGCCCCGGUGGGCUUCAGAGUGGGCUGUCGAGGCAACUCUUUGAUAUGUGGUGCUCUGAUAAGAGAAACGCCUGCGUUAUUCCAGGUUACGUGGUUGAAGGGACUCUUGCUAAAACAAUCAUCAAUGAACCAAAAGAAGUCACUCUCAUGAAUGGACUGACUGCUCCUCUCAACAUGCAAGUCCAUUAUAUCUCAUUCUCCGCCCAUGCGGACUCUGCUCAAACAAGUGCAUUCUUGGAAGAGUUGAGGCCUCCUAACAUAAUUCUUGUUCAUGGAGAAGCAAAUGAAAUGGGGAGGCUCAAACAGAAGCUUAUGACUCAAUUCGCGGACCGUAACACUAAAAUUCUCACCCCAAAAAAUUGCCAAUCAGUUGAAAUGUAUUUCAACUCGCAGAAAAUGGCCAAAGCUAUUGGGAAGCUGGCUGAGAAGACCCCAGAAGUUGGUGAUAUUGUCAGUGGUCUACUAGUAAAGAAAGGGUUCAGCUAUCAGAUAAUGGCUCCCGACGAUCUCCAUGUCUUCUCGCAGCUAGCAACAGCGAACAUUACUCAGAGAAUAACUAUCCCGUAUUCCAGUGCCUUCAGCGUGAUAAAGCACCGGCUUAAGCAGAUAUACGACAGUGUAGAAUCUUCAACAGAUGAGGAAUCUGGCGUGCCAACACUGCGAGUGCAUGAUCGCGUGACGGUGAAGCACGAGUCAGACAAACACAUUUCACUUCAUUGGACAUCGGAUCCUAUUAGUGACAUGGUAUCAGACUCCGUUGUGGCUCUGGUUUUAAAUAUCAACCGUGAAGUCCCCAAAGUAGUUGUUGAAUCCGAGGAUACCAAAACUGAGGAAGAUAACGAGAAGAAGGCAGAGAAGGUGAUUUACGCGCUUCUCGUAUCUCUCUUUGGAGAUGUGAAGCUCCGAGGAAACGGCAAGAUAAUGAUUAAUGUUGAUGGGAAUGUGGCACAGCUUGAUAAGCAGAGUGGGGACGUUGAAAGCGAGAAUGAGGGUCUCAAGGAAAGAGUAAGGACGGCGUUUCGGCGAAUACAAAGCGCUGUCAAGCCAAUCCCUCUCUCCUCAUCUUAGCUCCUCAUUGCACUCAUUUUGUUUGUCGUUUCUGUUCAUGUUAGUAUUUCUGUAUCUUUUUUAUUCCUCAACUGUUUGAGUGUAGUUUCUGUUGUUUGUUGUCGUUGCAACUAACUAGAAAACAUCGGCCAAUACGCUUUUCGCUUAAUGUUGUUUGUUUCAAGAGUAAAAAGCCAGUACGCUUUUCGCUU